AUGAUGGAAGACGUUACCCGAACUGUCCUCAGGCUCCUCGAGAUCCUGUGGACACUCCUCACGACGGCCCUCAUCGGCAACGUCAUCGCUCUCAACAUUAACGCGGCCGGAUCGGCCUCAGCCGCCGUCAACUAUACCAUGUUCACCUGCGUCGUGGCAUGGAUCGCGGCUCUCUACGGUCUAGUCACCAACUACGUCGACAACAUCUUGGUCCCCAUCGUGUCGUUUGCACUCGAUGGAGCCGCCACUCUCUUCACCUUUAUCGCCGCCGUUGUUCUCUCGGCCAAGCUGCGUGUCACCAACUGCGGUGGCCGCCUGGACCCCAGGGACCUCGGCUCUGACUGGAUCGGCUUCGGCAGCGCCGACAACCAGAAGCGCUGCCGCGAGAUCCAGGCCUCGGCCGUCUUUCUCUGGUUCCUGCUGGCCUGCUUCGUCACCAGUCUCUUCUUCACUUUCAGGAGUUCCAAGCGCACCGGAAAGUCGGUACUCAGCGGGCCCAGCAGUAUGUCGCAGGUCCGCGGGGUAUAA